AUGACGAACUCCGAACCUCAAAUCAAAGAGGAACCACCUCUGGAAACCAAAAAGAAAGAGGUCUCGAUCGACGAUUUGUACCGAAGAUCGUCUCAAUUUCAACUUUGGUCAUACACCAUCGAGGAACUCGAUAGCGUGAAACGAAGCACUCAUGAAGAUGGCCGAAUUGCCGCCAUCGAAAGAUUCAACGAGGUCAAAGCUACUAUGAGCAAGGAAAAACCUGAAGCUUUUCAGCAAUAUUCGGACGAGUUAACAUCUGAGAAGCUACUAAAUCUCAUUACCUUCGAUGAACAGCAAAAAUACCUACAAUUCUUUGCACAGCAGAUUAUCCAGACAUGCACGCAUUUCCGAAUGCCUACCCAAGUGAAGGCCACGGCAGUGUCGUUCUUUCAAAGAUUCUUCUUGAUCAACUCCCCAAUGUCAUACCAUCCCAAAAACAUCGUCUUCACUUGUGUCUUUUUAGCCGCAAAGCUGGAGAACUAUUUCAUAUCCAUAGAUUCAUUUUGUGACCUUCUUCCAAAGACGGAAAAACUGGAUAUUCUCAAUCUCGAGUUCGAUGUCUUGCAAUCACUUAAGUUCACACUUCUUGUUCACCAUCCAUUCCGUCCAUUAUAUGGCUUCUUCCUCGACCUACAGCAGGUACUUUUGCAUCCGUCUCCCGUUAUGAGUGAUGUCAAUAUUGAUGUUAUUGGAGGAUUAUACGAUCAAGCCAAAAGAUGGCUUAAUGACCAUGCGCUUAUAGGCGACGUCCUGUUCUUAUUCACACCACCACAGAUAGCAUUAGCAGCAUUGUUUGACUGUAACAGCAAGGUGACUGGCAGAUACUUGGCGGAGAAAUUCCAGAAGACUAAUAAAAAGGUGAAACUCGAGACCAUAAACGAGGAAGUUCCGAAGCAAGAAGGCGAAAACACCAAUGAGUCUGGUGUCUCGGAGGAACCAAAAGAAGCUGAUAUUUAUGAACAAUUGUUGGAAACAAUAAAGCUGUGCAUAUCAGUGGCAAAAGCAGAGAUAGAAACCAGCCGUGAAGAGUGCAUUCUGAUAGAUAAAAAAUGUGUCUACCUUUUGAAUCCUGGAAAGGUUAUCAAAAAGAAGAUCAAAUCGCUCUCCGGUGAAUCCACCUCCAAAACUGCCUAA